UUCUGGGCAAAAGGAAGGUGACCACUGUACAGGAAUACAGGACUAUAAAGAGCCAGAGAGAAGAGCACAAUCCCUCACUUAAGGCGCCAUGAAGGCUCUUCUUCUGCUAGUAGCCGUUGGCUUUUGCUGGGCACAAUACGAUCCAAAUACAAAGUCUGGGACGACAUCUAUUGUCCACCUCUUUGAAUGGCGUUGGGCUGACAUUGCUCUUGAAUGUGAACGGUACUUAGCACCCAAUGGAUUUGGAGGAGUUCAGAUAUCACCUCCAAAUGAAAAUAUUAUAGUUACUAAUCCCUGGAGACCCUGGUGGGAAAGGUACCAGCCAAUCAGCUACAAACUGUGCACACGAUCUGGAAAUGAAAAUGAAUUUAAAGACAUGGUGACCAGGUGCAACAAUGUUGGAGUUCAUAUUUAUGUGGAUGCUGUAGUCAACCACAUGUGUGGAUCUGGUGGCGGCUCUGGAAAUAGUGCUACUUGUGGAAGCUAUUUCAAUGCAGGGACCAGAGAUUUUCCUGCUGUGCCAUACUCAGCCUGGGACUUUAACGAUGGUAAAUGUAAAACUGGAAGUGGAGAGAUUGAAAAUUACAAUGAUGAGAAUCAGGUCCGUGACUGCCGCCUGGUUGGUCUUCUUGAUCUUGCCCUGGAGAAGGACUACGUGCGCUCAAAAGUUGCUGAAUACAUGAACAAUCUCAUUGAUAUUGGGGUGGCAGGCUUCAGAAUUGAUGCUUCCAAGCACAUGUGGCCUGGGGAUAUGAAGGCAUUUUUAGACAAACUGAAAAACCUAAACACUCGAUGGUUUUCCUCAGGAACGAGGCCUUUUAUUUUCCAGGAGGUAAUUGACUUGGGUGGAGAGCCAAUUAAAGCCAGUGACUACUUUGGAAAUGGCCGAGUGACUGAAUUCAAAUAUGGUGCGAAAUUGGGGACAGUCAUCCGCAGAUGGGAUGGAGAAAAGAUGGCCUAUUUAAAGAAUUGGGGAGAAGGCUGGGGUUUCAUGCCCUCUGACAGAGCCCUUAUCUUUGUGGAUAAUCAUGACAACCAAAGGGGACAUGGUGCUGGAGGAGCUUCUAUUCUAACCUUCUGGGAUGCCAGACUAUAUAAAAUGGCAGUUGGUUUCAUGCUCGCUCAUCCUUAUGGAUUCACACGUGUAAUGUCAAGUUACAGCUGGACAAGAAAUUUCCAGAAUGGAGUGGAUGUUAAUGACUGGAUAGGACCACCAAGCAAUGGUGAUGGCUCAACCAAAGCUGUUACAAUCAAUGCAGAUAGCACUUGUGGCAACGGUUGGGUCUGUGAACAUAGGUGGCGUCAAAUAAGGAACAUGGUUAUUUUCCGUAAUGUGGUUGAUGGCCAGCCUUUCUCAAACUGGUGGGACAAUGGCAGCAAUCAAGUGGCUUUUGGGCGUGGUAAUAGAGGAUUCAUUGUCUUUAAUAAUGAUGACUGGAGCUUGAACGUGAAUUUGCAAACUGGCCUUCCUGCUGGCACUUACUGUGAUGUUAUUUCUGGGCAAAAGGAGGGCAACUCCUGUACUGGAACAAAAGUCUACGUUGAGUCUAAUGGUAUUGCCAAUUUCCAGAUUAGUAACCAGGCUGAAGAUCCUUUCAUUGCAAUUCAAGUUAAUGCUAAAUUAUAA